CCACCACCCGCUCUUCGCUCUCCGCUCUCCACGCUUCACUCGCUCGAGUCGCUCCGCUCCGCUCCGUUCCCGCUCACCCUCCCCGCCCCGCGCCGCGCAGCGCUGGCUGCUGCUACGCCGUCAACUUGAACGUCGAAGUCAGAGCGCAGCGCAGCGAACAGAACAAAAGUGCCAAGUCGUUCCAGUCCAGUCUCGUUCCGUUUUCGUCCUAGUGUUGUGUCCGGGAGUGCUGCCCGCCCUGGCCAGCGUCAUCGGAUUACCAGGAUUAUCGGUGCCGUAGUCUUCGGCCGACUGGGCUGCAGGCUGGCCAGUCAGGGCAGGGGCGCCCGGUGGCGGCUCGCUAUGUAACGGGCUAUGCAGCUGCAGCUCGUGGUGGUCGAGACCGGCCGAACAUGGCGGCGCGCCCUGCUCAGGAUGGUCUGGGAUCCCAAGAAUGCCAUCAGCCACAAUGACUAUGGCAGCUUUGAGCGGCAAAACAGUGGCAGCAACAGCAAGCUCGACGAAGACGACCACGACAAGCCGUUGCCGCUGAGAGGGUGCAGCCUGGGCAGCCUUGGCAGUGCCGGCGCACUUCCCCUGUCUCCGUUGCACAACCAGCAGGCCUCCGCUUCCAGCAUGAGUGACACGGAUCUCAUCCAGAGGCAGCCCCUGCUCCCUCUUCCCACCAAGAAUGGGAAUCACAUCACGGUAGAGUACGAAGAGGAUAGAGAUGACCACAGUGAAGACGAUGGUCGACCUGGUGGCAAAGUCAAUGGGGCUGUGAUAAUAAGUAUCCCAAAAGCAGAGAGAGAAGAACAGAGGUAUCCAAAGGAGAAGUUAAAAACACUUAUGGCAUUUUUCUGUUUAGUAUUUGGUUUUAUUAUGGCAACAGCGUCUCUGUCUUUGGUGCAUGAACGCGUUCCAGACAAAAAAACUUAUGGUCCCUUACCUGACAUAUUCUUUGAACUUUUCCCAAAAGUUCCAUGGGCACUUACAGUCUCUGAAAUUAUUAUUGUGGUGUCGACAAACGUCACUUUCCUUGUAUUGUUAUUUCACAAACAUAGGUUCAUUGUGUUUAGGAGACUGUUCCUUAUGAUGUCCUUACUGUACCUGAUGCGUUCUGUAACAAUGUUUGUUACGGUACUGCCCAUGUCAGACCCUACUUAUUAUUGCUCUCCAAAAGCAAAUGAGACAACCCCUUGGCUGCUUACUACUAGAGUCUGGCAACUCAUGUCUGGUUUUGGCCUGACCAUUAAUGGGAAGCAAACAUACUGUGGAGAUUUUAUUUACAGUGGUCACACUGUUAUGCUCACCAUCUGUUAUCUUCUAAUCAACGAGUACUCUCCGGAUUCACCAAAACGAAUCUUCCAGUUACUGUCAUGGCUCUCUUGCAUAGCAUCCACGACUGCAGUCUUCAUGGUCUUACUUGCAAGAGGACACUAUACCAUCGACAUACUAAUUGCCUACUUUGUCACUACAAGAACAUUUUGGAUUUAUCAUACUCUUGCUAAUAAUUCGUCUUUAAAGAAACCUGGACCUCACAACUUCUUGGCUCGUGCUUGGUGGUUUCCAAUAUUCAGAUAUUUUGAAGGGAAUGUUGGUGUCAAGGUCCCUCGCCAGCACGACUGGCCGUUGCCAUGGCCUCGCAGAUUUCUGCACAAGCCUCCAAACAGAAACAGUUAGAAAUCUCUUCUCUCCGCACAAUGCUCAAGAAAGAACAGACAUGAAAUAAAUAUAAGGAGCCAAUGGUAAAAUUAUGGAGCUCUGUGGCCAGAAUGUGUGCCUGGCGAACCUAAUCUAUUGGUGAAAUGAACAGUGAUUAUUGUGCUGUGAAGCAAAGUGAUUUAAUCGCAGAAAGUUUUCUUCAUUUUUCAAGAACAAAUAAAAUGUGUGAAAGUGUGAAGUUGUUCCUCAGAUGGUGUGUACUUGGCUAAGUGAAGAGGUAAAAUGUUUUGAUCUUAUUGUUAAAAUUUCAUCAUGGAUUCUCAUCCAAACCUAAAUAUUGUCAGUCCGUCCAAAAUUUUGUCAUGAGGUUCUAAAUGAAAUUUAUACAACUUUGCUUAACACUGAUUUUGCAUGUAAGUUCUUUGUUUGGUUUAAAUCUUACUUGUCCAUAAGUUCCUUGCAAUGGAACAAAGACUGUUCUUUUAACUGCCUCUUGUUGCUUUAAGGACUAUCAUGAGCUUUCGUCAAAUGAUUUCUUUAAUUGGCCACUGACAUUAGGUGCUACAGAAAUAUUUCUGAGAUACUUAAUUUAUCACUAAAUGUCUUCCGGACUCUCUCAGCACAAUCAUUAAAACUGUAUUAUUUUGGUCAGUGGUGCUUCGGUAAGAAUUUUGAUGUGAUUGAAAUUUCUUAGCCUUUUGGUCAGUUACUCCCUUGAGGACAGGCCACCUGGAAACAAGUGCAUAGGCAGUACCUGCUUUGUGAGCUUGGUAAUGGACUAUAGUACAGCAAACAGCAUUGCUGGGCAUGGCCGCCUGUACUUUUCUGCCUUGCUUUCCAUUCAUGGAAAAUGAAAUGGGUGCUUUUUGACCCGCGAAGUAUAGCUUUGUUCAUUCUGUCUGAGGCAGUUGUUAACUGUUGACUGUUUCAGUGUAUUUUGUUGUGCCUUGUGCGUUCAGAUAUUCUGCUGCUGUGAACAGUUAUGAGAACAUAGCUUUUAUGGGAGAUAAAUGAUAUGAAAUGCUCCUGAAUUGCGUGCAGAAGGUGUGUGUAAUCACGUCUACAAAAACGUGCUGUGAUCUUUAAAUUUUCAAAUUUGCUAGACCAAAUAAGGGUAAUGUGUUAAACAAACCUUGCAUACAUUUUUAUUUUAAUUGAAGGUUGUACAUAUUAGCCUAAGUGCUGAUGUAGUUUCGUUCAAAAUGUGUAUGAAUUGUGUAUGUUCUUUCAUGCAGUUAGAACUGUAUGGAUAAGCCAUGAAUGAAUCUCUUGCUGCUUAUGAAUUUUUUCUACCCUAUACAAUAAUGAAAUUGAAUUGAAUGAAAUCAUUGAAAGUUUGUUUCCUAAUUAGAGACAUGAGAAAUGCAAUGAAAUCUGUACUCACUGAGAGUAGUCCAUGUAUUAUUUUCCUCCACUUUUAUUUUUACUGAAAAUGUCUUGUGCUAAUUCUAUUUUAAUGCCUAGAUGGUUUUAAAAUUCUUCAAUCAAUUUAGUUAGUGUAGCAGACUGUUCUAUUUUUUUUUUUAGGACCAGUUAAGUAAUGAUUCUCCUAUUUUUUUACGUUAUGAUUUCACUGUAACUGCUCGACACUUACCAUGUGGGCUUCUGUUCUAGUUUAAAUGUUUAAUGUUAUCAUAUGUGAUGUAUUUUUUAAAUCAACUCAUAAAUGGAAUCUGCUAGUGAUAGGUACUGAUUUAUUAAGUACUAUAGUUUUUCCUAAUGUUAUUUCUUCUCCAUUGCUUGGUUUCAGUCUUGUGCAACAGUGCAUGAGUGUUAGUCAUCUAGACUAUUUCUUUCAAUUGUGAUGAAUGUUUGUAUCAAGUCUGAAAUGAGGGUCUUACUUUUUGUUCUUAUUGCUGUAUCUAGUUCAGCUUGAUGUGUUUAAUGGAAGCAAUGCUUUUACCCGUGUUAAAUUAUGCUUUUUAUGAAAUUUAUACAUUUUUAUAGAGGCAAUAAAUAGUUUCAUCCUUUA